GGUCUCGAAUGCAUUACCAAGCAUUGCGUACAACAACGGCCUCUCCCGCACACCGAGCGUCCGCACUGCACCGAGUAGCGAGGACGGCUGCCAAGUAGAUCUUGUGCUCCUCUGCUCUUUGUCUUCUCGGUGAGGCUCUGCAAGGUUUUUUUCCUGCUGCUGUUUGGUUUCCCUGCUCAGUUGCCUCUUCUGCUCACUCCCUUCUGCGUCUACGAAUUCAAUCAAUACGCAGCGCAGACGGUACGCCGCGUUGACUAAAUUUUAGUAUUGCCAUUGUUUAGUCCCUUCGCCAGUCUCCAUCCAGUAGGGCCUACCAUGCUGCGCUACAUGCAAGGGAUGUGGGAUUCAUUUUUCCCCACCGAGCCCGUCUUUCCGCUCCAAAUCGUCGGCAGCUCUGACGCGGCGGUGGUGGAGUGCAUGGAAGACCUGGAAAAGGCGCUUCAGAAUCAGUUUUACCUCUUCACCUACCGCGAAGGUUUCGAGCCGAUCGCGGCGGUGACGCGGUCCGUUGAGACAGACCAGGGCUGGGGGUGUCUGCUGCGCACGACGCAGAUGCUGCUCGCCCACUUUCUCGCCGUCUACGGCCACCCAGCCGACCGCAAACUGUCCCUCUUCUUCGACCACAGCGGCGAGUCGGCUCCUUUCUCGAUUCAUAACAUGAUCCGCCGUGUGUGGAACAGGCGCGCAUUUAAGCCGGAGUAUUGGAGCCCGUCACAAGGCUGCGAAGCCGUCAAACAGACCAUGCACGACGCCAUGCAAACGCAUCAACUUGAGACGCGCGUCUCGGUGGUCACCUCCAGCAACGGCUGCAUCUACUCGGAUGAAGUCCGGCGCGCGUUCAAAGAAGGGGCGGCGGUCGUGCUCGUCCUCGCCGCGGUUCGCGUGAGUGCGGCGCCGUUCCUCACGCAGGAAAGCUACCUUCAAAUAGAAAAGCUGAUGGAGCAGCCGCAGUGCCUCGGCGUCGUGGGCGGCAUCCCCGGCCGCAGCUACUACUUUUUUGCGCAUAACCAAACCCAGGUUCUCUACUUCGAUCCACAUCAGCACACCCAUCUGGCGCUGACAAAUAAUAGCUCGGCCGCCAUGUCCACCGUAACGCCCAGUCUGCAAGAUGUGCGCUGUGUGCACUGGUCACGCGUCGACACCUCCCUCUUCGUCGCCUUCGCCGUACGCUCGCGAGAGGAGUGGGCGAGGCUGGAGAGUCAGAUCCCGACCAAGUUCCUCCAUGUAGAGGCGCAACGGACGCGUCGUGACUUCGAGCAGCUCGUGCGGACGCGACAGGAACGACGCACCUUUGGCGAGGCGACGUUUAUCUCCCCGCUGCAGACGACUUGUGACGGAAGCGGCCCCAGCACGAACUGCGCGCCGGGCGGUGUGCCGUUGUCAUCGACCGCACCCCCAGCAAAGCGCAGGACGCUGAGAAUUGAAAAAAGUCAAGACGGUCGUGGCGGUGCCGCGGCGGGUGGCGGUAACGACGAAAAAGAGAACUCCGCCAAUUCCGAAUCGUGGGAGUACCUUGACUGA